GGGCGCGCGCAGUUCGACGCGGUGCGGCCAGUCGUCAGCGGCGCACAGCUCCUUCAUCGUGUGCUCGUCGGGCACACGGGCGUCGGCCUCCUCGGGCUCGGGCAGCGGACCCGGCCCGAGAUCGCGGAGGGCAAGCCCGCGACGUCGAGCUACCGCACGGAGAUCCCGGUCGCCGCGCCCGAGGCCGACUUCGCCGCCGACUCCGACGCCGAAGACGGCGCGGAGGAGACCAUCAACGGCGACUUUGGGCCGCAGAAGGGCAUCGCCAACAUGGCCGCCUUCGACGCGGAGAUCAUGCGCGACUUCUUAGUCGACGUCGACAAAAUCUUCUACGACUUCGCGUCGCACCGCGCCGAGGACGUUCCCGACACGUCGAUCCGCACCGUCGCGGACGCCUACUUCGUGCGCUACCUCGGCAUGAUGCGGGAGCGCCAGACCGCGCUCCACAAGCUCCUCGCGCGGACCCCUCCCCUCGUCUACGGGCUCAACGAGCUCGACGGCUGA